AGUAAGUUGUGAACCAUUUGACUUUGGGUUGAUUUGGUAGAGGCAUUGUUAUUUUUGUUUUUAACCCAUUCAUGCAUUUUCGUGCAUUUUUAACCAUUUCAUGGACGGUUCGUAUUACUUGCAAACCGUCCUGAUAGCAUAUUCGGGUUAAAAAUGUAGAUGUUGGUGCAGGACUUUGUUUUUCACGGGGCGUGUGAAUACAUGAUAUUUCUUUCUCCAUGUAGCAUGCUUUCGGCAGUCGUUUUGUGCAUAUAACAAUGAAGCAAGACCGAUUAUAACGUAGAAAACUCAAUAACGCGAUCGACAUGAUAGAGUCCAAACUGAAAGCCAAGAAUUGCAACCGUGAGCAGCUGGUUCGACCUUGUUGGGUCCCGUCAUAACGGCCGGUAGCAGCAAAAAAUAAAGCAUUUAUCACAGUGACCUCAUCUUGGUCGAUGUCACAUGCAAAACGCGUGACCGUGAAUAUCGCGGUGAACGUGAAUCACGCGGUAAACGCGUGACCGUGAGUAUCAUAUCGAUGUCGCGAUAAGGAGAUUACGGACAGACAAAAACUGUGAAUUUUUUUCGGUACAAGUAUGCUUGAAGGAGACUACUUUUUCUUUUCAAAUCGCCCAUUCCCCCUGAAAAGUCAAAUGUUCACUCGCGAGGACACUUUGGGCUCGUCACGCAAUCUUUCCUCUUGACGUGGAACAUUCUUGUAGACGGGUAACCUGGUAACCACUUCAAAUUCAACAUGGCGGCCAAACCUCGGGUCCUUAUCACCGGAGCUUCUGGCCUCCUUGGACGGGCCAUUAUGAAGCAAUUCUCCAACUCUGAUAAGUGGAACGUGUUAGGACUGGCUCACUCUCGAGCCACAGAUGUUCUAAAGAAGGUCGAUCUGCUUGAUUUUGACGAAACAAAGCGUGUUGUGAAGCAUUUCAAACCACACAUUUUGAUUCACGCGGCAGCCGAAAGGAGACCAGACGUUGUCGAAAAUGACGAGGAAACUUCCAUGAAAAUGAAUGUUGGUGUGACAAAAACAUUAGCAUCAGCAAUCAACGAGCUUAACAGUGAUGCAGGGGCUCCGGAACACUUCAUGCUGUAUAUCAGCACUGAUUAUGUGUUCGAUGGCUCGAGUCCACCGUACAAACCGCUCGACGAAGCCAACCCUUUGAACAAGUAUGGCAAGAGUAAGCUGGCAGGAGAACAGGUUAUGCAGGCCUGUAAUUCCGAUGGGGGGAUCCUUCGGGUUCCAAUCCUUUACGGAAAAGUGGAGUAUCUUAAGGAGAGUGCUGUGACAGGUGUGUUAUCCCGGGGGAGGUAG